UCAUGGUCCAUCUCUUCAUGCAUGGAUGUACAGACCCCUGUGUGCAGUCUAUUCCCUCCCACUUGUUGCUGUUGCUAAAUAGAUGCACUUUGUCAGGGAGAGCCUGAAGGCUAUCUGUGCCUGCCAUCGCCAUGGGAAGAAGAAGCCUAUCGUUCGUCUGUCUGCUUGUUUUGGUCACCUUUAAAGAGGUUUCUGGCUUAAAGAUUCGGAACAAGCUGCUGGGUAAAUGCUUGCAGGUGCAAGAAGGAACAAGAGGAAGAGUGUCAUUAGGAGAAUGCAGCUCAUAUUCACCUCUACAGGAAUGGCAUUGGUUGCCAGAGGGCAAUGCACUCAGCAGUCACCACACUGGAGAGUGUCUGACUGCACCAAGAGGGGAGUAUGAAGGUGUCCAUCUGCAGCCCUGCAUCUUUAGAGCCGGAGAGGCUGCGAUAGAUAUGGGAAGGGGAGCAAACAGCCAGGCAUGGACCUGCUCAAAGAAAGGCCACCUCAUUCUCAUAUGGAGUGGACGGCACCUUAGCGCUACACAAGAAUCCACUUUGGUCUUUCUGUCAAAGGACCAUAAGCAGGGCAGCAGGUGGCGAACUCUCGACAACCAGACAUUGUGCAAUGGGAGAGAUAAAAAUGUCCCAAACCAGCCACAACACCAACUGGAGGACUUGCAACCAGAGACUUCUCCAAGCGAUAUGUCUGAUAUAAACAGGCAGGAUGAAACAUCUGAAGAUGUAAUGGACACAAAUGGUACUGAACGAUAUUCAGUAAAAGAUGUAACUAAUUACUCAUUGAGCACCAAGUCCCCUGCUGACCCAACCAUGAUAUUUUUCAGGAUGGACUAUGGGAUGGGCUGGAAGAUAACAAUGUUGGUGCUAAGCUCUUUAGCUCUGGUCCUGGGGACUGUUAUUCUUAUCCUCAAUGUGUACUCUAAUAGAAGGAAAAAAGUGGUUUGUGUCUUAAAGUCAUACACUCCAAGGACAGAGAUGAGUGUUCCUGGAUCCCCACUGCCCUGUGAAAGAGCCCCGCUGACCGAGCAUGCCAUGCACCUCCCACACUCCUCCCCCGCUUUACAGCGUGGAGAAAUCCUGAUUGAGUGGAAAGAUGGCACUGUUACUCCACUGUACGAAGCCUGAAGGAUUGGAUUGGUGGUCUAGAUUAAAAUGUGCCUGUUUUGUUAGGUGCAUUAGAAGUGUAGGUACGUUAUCCUUUGAAUUUGUUGAAAGGGGAGUUAAAUGAAAAGGGGGAAAAUCAGAAAGAUAGCAGUCAAAGGAAGGUUAGGUUUUCUUUUUGUUUUCUGUUGUUGGCAAAGUGUUGCUGAAGGGCUCUAGACUGCUGCUUUGAGCUGUGGGAAGAGAAACAGCUGUGUGGGAUGUGUUUUGAUUUGGGAUUUGGAUUCGCUUUUAGGAUAAAAGGACUAAAAAAUGAAUUCUUUAUACUUCAACUAAUAUUUGUAGAGGUACGAUAGGCACCAUUCAAGGACUCAACAAGCAACCACGGCUUAAGCCUUUAUUUUCAUGAAUACUAAUCUUUGUUUAAACUGUGAUGACCUGCUGCUCUAAUCCAUCUUUUGUUAUACACACUGUCGUGCUCACAGUUCAAGUCAGGUGUCUUUUUACAUAUUUGCUUAAUUUUUUUUUAGAAUUGCAGACUGUUUUUGAGUCUAGCAUUUAAAUGAGUUUCUAAAAACAGAGAAAAAAUAGCUUAACCACUGAUCCCUGGAGUAUUAGGAUGUAUUAGUUAUUUUGAGGAAAUCUGUUGGAUGUAGGAAAUGUGUUGCAAGAAAUUCAAGCAUUUCAGUGUUAUUUAGCGUUUCCUUUACCACCUUUCUUUGCAUUGUUGUUUAAAAGAAAAUAAAUGAACAAAUAUUGGCUUUAAUUCA